AUCUCUCAAGCCUACACCACAGCCGGGCUUUAUUUGUAAGACGGUGAGUGAAAACAUGCUACUGCAGAAUUGUGUCUGUUUUUGAUUGUGAGUGCUUCUUCUCCUGUAAUUCUGUCUGUCUCUCUGAUCUGAUCUGAUCUGAUCUCGUCUGACAGCUGCCCGCCUGUGUCCUGAACUCUUGUUGUCAGGGAUACCUCUCCAUGGAGACGCACUCCCAAAGGUAGAGGGGAGGGCUUUAAGCAAGAGGAGACCCUCACCUUGAUGGAGCAACAAGUCAAGAGAGAGGGUGAAGUGGGAACGGCUGCAGCAGCAGAGAGUUAAGAAGGAGGGUCACCUGUAGAGGAGUCAGUGGAGAGGAAAUCAGCAGAAGGAAGAAGAAGGUGGAGCUGGAUGAAGUGGAAGUUAACUUGUCAGGAUGGGCUAUGAUCUUGAGAGGUUUGUGGGCUACGUGAACGAGGGUCUGCUGUGCUGUGUGUGUCGAGACGUGUUGGAGCGCCCCCUCCAGGCGCCCUGCGAACACGCCUACUGCAGCGCGUGCAUCAGCAGCUGGCUGCUCCAUCACCACUCCUGUCCCGAGGACAGACUGCCGCUGGAUGUGGCCAGUCUCAAACCACUGUACAGGUACAUGCGUAACGACCUGAACCGUCUGCAGAUUCGUUGUGUGAACGCAGGGCAGGGGUGUGAGGUGGUCUGCUCCCUGGAGAGCCUGCACACACACGAGGAUGAGUGUGAGUUUGCCUUCGUAUCCUGCUCCAACACAGGUUGUCCUGUGCAGAUAGAGAGGCGGGGUUUGGAGGCUCACCUGUCAGAAUGUAACUUCCGCAGCCGAGAGUGUCCCAAUGGCUGCGGCCACACGCUUCUCUCCACUGAUCAGUCACAACAUAACUGUGUAGCAGAGCUGCGCACUGAAGUGGAGAUGCUCAGGGCUGAGAUGCUGUGUAAGUUGGAGGAGGUGAGACGAGAGAUGGAGUCACGGUUGGACUCUCAGAGGAGACACAUGGUGCAGAAAGAGUCGCAGCUGAAGAACGAGGUGGAGGAGCUCAAGGGUCAGUUGUCCCGUGUGAUGUGUGACAUGCGAGCCUUGUUGGGAGCCGAGCGUCUGAGGAGACAGGAGCUGGCGGAAGCAGAGCUGGAGAAGAGGGAACUGUUGGAGCUCCUCAAAGACCUGCAGCCAAACAGGAGUUUGCAGCAUCCUGUCGAACAAGCAGCCAGAGACCAGCACCAGGAGGCGCAGCAGACGUUCACGUGGGAGCUACACAGCAAGCCGUCGAGACAUCAGCAGAGGGAAGUGUCUUUACACGCCUCGAGUCUGUCGCUACAUUCAACUCAGGCUACAAAUGCUUCAGGUCCACCUCCGUCACCGCAGACGGGCGAGGGGGCACGCAGGGGUGGUACCCAGAGUCUGACUCUGGACUGCAUCAAAAGGAAGAGUCGAGAGGUGACUGUCAUCUGAGCACACUGGACUGAUGGAAUAUUAGCCAAAUCAGAACAGAUGAAAUCUUUAUUUUUUUAAUAUUUGGCAAAUUUCCAAUAAGGGUCUAGUCAUCAAAUUAAGUAUGUGUGUACAGUAAGUUAUGCAGUUUCUUGAAGGAUGAGCUUUAGAUUUUUUCAUCAAAUGUAAGUGUAGAUUAGUUAGAAAAAAUGUAGAAGGAAAUUGUUAUGCUGUGGACUGAACCAUAUAUUGCAUUUGAAGGGCAGGUCUUUUUAUGUGUGAUUCUACUUCUCAACCCUGAAAGUCAUCUGUUGACUCUCGGCUUAUAUGAAAGUGAACAUUCAUUAAUUCUGUAGACUCGCGCUGUAGACUUAUUUUUAACAACCAGACCAUUGUGUAAUAUCCCUUGGAUUUUGUAUUCAUCAGGUUCCAGUUACUUCAAGUACUUUUCUUGAACUCAGGACCUAAUUAUUCUUGGAUUUCUCAUUACUGAUCCAUCAGCAGUAUUUUCUAUGUAGAAAAAAUGUUUCGCACAAGAACUUGGCGUCACCAAAACUUUAGCUAGAGUUAAUUGCUUCUAGGUUUGUCAGUCUACAGAAAGACAAUGUAUACAAAGCUACUCUUGGAGGAUAGCUCAUGUUACAUAGUACAGUUUGUGGUGAAAAC